GACCACUUCAACCUGCCAAAGUUCUCCUUCGAAAUCUUGAUAUAUUCAAGACAAGGUACAGCUGCACAGACACUGCCAACAUGGUGGUUCCAUCGUCAUUUUCCGCGGUGAAAGCUCACCUGGACCAAAUCCAAAGCGACCCUUCCGUCAGCAUAGACACCACGCUUCUUGACAAACUGAAGAUAGAACUCACGGAGAACGUCGACCCUAGUGUCCCUGCAACGCUUCUGACGCAGAUCCCGCAGAUUCUACCAGUUCUUCAGGAAGAUCCAACUCCUCUCACCGUCCUGGGCACAAGAGCCACCGCAUACUUCUCCUUUGUUGAUAUCCGGUCCAUCAAUCCACCUGUCAAUUUCGUCGCGGGCUUCAAGGCACCGUCGCCACCGAUAAAUUUGUUGGCACUUUCGUUGUUGGAGAAGGCAGGACGGGUACCCAGUGAUGCUGCGAUAGUGGCUGGCGAUUCGGAGUUGGUUGCUUCUCUAUUGGAACUUUGGCUUUCGACGUCUUCAACCGAAGUGGCACAAGCGGCAUUGGAUACGAUUUGGGCGCUUCUGGAAAUUGAUGAUGAUAUUACUCGGGAGAAUGAGGCAGAUGACAAGGUCGGAGGACAGGGCCUUGUGUGGAGGAGGAUGUUCACCGACAGGGACGUCUACGGAAUCUUCUUCUCGACAUGUAGUCUCAGCGACAACGGACCGGGGAACCUUUUAAAGCGCGAUAAAACAGUGGCCCAAGGCAGGUUAAUGGGACUCCUUGAGAGAGCGGGUAGACUCCGCUGGGACAUUAUUUCGACCUCGCAAGUUCCUGAAAUUGAAUCCAAAUACCAAAGUAACAGCUUACUGCAUUUUGCGGCUUGCCAGAUGGUCGACAAGAGCGAUGUACUGAUGCACAUGACACUAUUGAACUUCUUCCGUGACCUUUUAGAAAUCGAUGCGCCGGGUCUUGUGGCAAGGAGCUACGUUCAGUCUGCCUCCACGUUUUCUUCUCCUGCUCUGGACUUCCUUAUUGCACACAAUGUCCACCCGACGGUGGUUGAAUACUAUUUGGACGAAUCCAAGCUCGACCCUGUGGAUCUCAGCUUUCUUUACGGUCCGGUUAUGACUUACGUCGCGCAAUAUACAGAACUAUACCCCAACCACUUUCUCCAAAACCAGCAGAGAUUGUUGGACCGCGUAUUGGAACGAGUCACCGAGUCCCUUAGGAUCUCUUCCACGCAAUGGGCGCAUGGCCAGAUUCCAAGCGGCCAACUCAAUGUUCUCUCUUCCCUUCCUCGUGUACUGUUAGUGGAGGCCAGUAAGCAAGGUCUCAAUCCUGUGCUUGUGCUCCCUACCAACCCACCCAGCAGGGAAGCAUUGAAUGCCCUUGCUAAAAUAUUCCACGGCCCACAGAGAUCGAGUACUCCUAAUUCAACGGAGCUCAAUUCCUCUGGCCAGACUCCGACGGACUGGCACAAAGAGGCAGCGGCUGCUCGUUUCUUGUACUUUGCUUAUUUGAACCAUCACCCCAAUCUUUGGAGAGAUAUCGUCGCAUCAGCUGACAUUCUGGUCAUGAAAGAUGUCUCUUUGGCAUCGAUGUCAUUCAUGCAAGCCAUCGUAACCGCGAAUUGGCAGACUUUAACCGGUGAGGUCAUCACGCCAGUCCCUAGUAUGGGCACCCGAUUUCAGCUUCCAUCGGAACAAAAUCUUGGGAGUGUGUCUCCAUCUGUACAAGGAUCACUACCCGCUUCGGGCUCCUGGGCAGUGCUCACUCCGCCAGCUCUGUUGACGCUACUACCCUAUCUAUUCAAACCGCCACGGUCCUAUGCAGAGUUCGUGGGAGGCGGAGCUGGUGAUGCGGAGAAUGCGGUCUGGAAGAUUGCUACUGCAAAGUAUGAUGUGCUCGUGACUUUGCACGAUCGGAUGAAGGAGUUGGAUGACAAGACACCGGAGUUUGAAGAUAUCGUGCGGACCCUACGGCAACGGGUUAGAGAUGGACCAUUGGGGCCUACCACGCGGACCGUGCCGAAUGUUGAGACUAUAGGGCUGUGAGAUAUUUACUAUGGGGAAUUGUUGUAAAAUGCUGUUAAUGAUAAUGAAAAUUGCAUGUCUAUUCUUUCAAAAUUCUUCCCGGAAUAUAUAGCCAACAUAGUCC